UCACGCUGCAGAGCCUCCCAGUCUAAUUAUGGCCAGCUUUCAGCUAUUUUUUUGGUGACUCCACGCCAGGACAAAGCUAUUGGAGCUAUCAUUGGAUUAAAAACAAGGAGGAAAAAAAAGAACUAUAAAAUUUCUGUUUGGGAAGAUGGGCUCAGACUGCAGAGAUCAGAGGGAAAUUUUUGUUUUGAUUGGCUUGCAAAACUCUGAGUGAGAAAGAUUCAGAAAGGCCGAGAGCCAGGAACAGCGAGAUGGCAAAAGUCUGCAGUGAAACCUCCUUUUCAGCGAGACAACACUUGUCCACAAACACGCCUGAUGACGAGCUCGCCGUCAUCGAGAAUGGAGACAGCAGGUCCCAUUCCCUUUGUGAAGACGAGUCCCGCAGAAGCUCAUUCACAGGUCCCGGGGCCAUGGCCAGGCUGUCUGACUUCUUCCUCAUGCUGCGCACCUGGAAAUCUCACAGAAUGAACCUCGGAGACAAGAGGCGCGACUCCUUUCUCGAGCGCUUCCAGGGUCCCAGACUCAGAGACGCUCCCGGCGGGGAGAGCGACGGCCACUCUGGCGGCAACAAUGACGCGCUCCGAAAGAGAAAUAAGUGGCCUCUAGCUACUUACAACAUGAACAACUGUAACAACACAGACGACAAAAAAGAGGACAAAAAAGAUGAGAUUAAGAAAGAUGAGAAAAAGGAGGAGGAGAAAAAAGACGACAAGGGCGAGGACAAAAAAGAAGAGGAAAAGAAAGACGAGAAGAAAGACGAGAAAAAAGACGAGAAGAAGGAUGAGAAGAAAGAUGAGAAGAAAGAUGAUAAGAAAGACGAUAAAAAGAAGGAGGAGCCUCCGAAGGAGAUCUGGAUCAUGGAUCCGGCCGCCGACCAGUACUACAAGUGGCUGACCGUCAUCGCCGGACCCGUAUUUUAUAACCUAAUAAUGAUCAUAACAAGAGCCAGUUUUAAUGACCUCCAGGAGACGUACACACAUCUGUGGCUGGUGCUGGACUACACCUGCGACUUCAUUUACUACGCAGACACAUUCGUACGAUCGAGAACUGGUUACCUGGAGCAGGGCCUGCUGGUGAAAGACUCCAAGAAACUAAGAGAAAAGUACAGAACCACCCCCCAGUUCAAGUAUGAUAUGAUUUCAAUGAUACCAACCGAUCUGCUGUUUCUGCACUUCGGAUAUAACAACCCGGAGUUCCGACUGAACCGUCUUUGCAAGAUCCAGAGGCUCUUCGAGUUCUUUGAGCGGACUGAGACCAGAACCAGCUUCCCCAACAUGUUUCGCAUCAGUAAUCUCGUACUUUACAUCCUCAUUAUCAUCCACUGGAAUGCUUGUGGGUUCUUCGCGAUCUCAAAGACCAUCGGGUUUGGUUCGGACACUUGGGUGUACCCCAACAUCAGCCACCCUGAGCACGGCCGCUUGGCCAGAAAGUACAUCUACUCGCUGUACUGGUCCACCCUGACGCUCACCACCAUCGGAGAGACGCCGCCGCCCGUCAGGGACAUCGAAUUCGUGUUCGUCAUCGCCGAUUUUCUCACCGGCGUGUUGAUUUUUGCCAGUAUCGUCGGUAACGUGGGCGCCAUGAUCUCCAACAUGAACGCCUCUCGCGCCGAGUUCCAGGCCAAGAUCGACUCCAUAAAGCAGUACAUGCAGUUUCGAAAGGUCACCAAAGACCUGGAGGCCAGGGUCAUCAAGUGGUUCGACUACCUGUGGACGGAGAAGAAAACCUGCGACGAGAAGGAAGUGUUGAAAAACCUCCCUGACAAGCUCAAGGCUGAAAUAGCCAUCAAUGUCCAUUUGGAUACGCUGAAAAAAGUGCGAAUUUUCCAGGACUGCGAAGCCGGUCUGCUGAUUGAGCUGGUGCUCAAACUGGAGCCACAAGUGUUCAGUCCAGGGGAUUACAUCUGUAAGAAGGGGGAUAUCGGCCGGGAGAUGUACAUCAUCAAAGAGGGGAAGCUGGCGGUGGUGGCGGACGAUGGGGUCACCCAGUUUGUGGUUCUCAGUGACGGAGCGUACUUCGGGGAAAUCAGUAUCCUGGGAAUCAAGGGCAGCAAAGCGGGAAACCGACGAACGGCCAACAUCCGGAGUGUGGGUUACUCCGAUCUCUUCGCCUUGUCCAAAGACGACUUGAUGGAGGCCCUCACCGAGUACCCGGACGCCAAGAAGGCCUUGGAGGAGAAGGGCAAAGCCAUCCUAAUGAAGGACAACCUGAUAGACGAAGCGGUGGCCAACGCCGGCGCCGACCCCAAGGACCUGGAGGAGAAGAUCACCAAACUGCAGGGCAACCUGGAGUCCAUGCAGGUCAAGUUCGCCCAGCUGAUGGCGGAGUUCACGUCCAACCAGACGAGGAUGAAGCAGAGGGUCACCCAGAUGGAGGACAAGGUGAAAUCCAUGAAGCCGGAGGACCUUGCCGAGGUGGUGGCCGACAAAGACAAAAAGGUUCAGUAAGAAAACACUAAAGAGAACUCUGAAAAAGGACAUUACUUUUAUUUCAUGUAAGAUGCCCACCUUUCUAACUAUUUAUACAACAUGUUUAUUAUUACCAUAACGUGUCAAACUGUGUACAAUGUAUGCACCAAAUAUGUCUUGUGUAUUGACGACUGACAGCCAAUUAAAUCUGGACAUAAAACAGGUCGCGAAUCUGGAGCAGCGGAGACUCACGUAUGCCAUAAGAAAUUGGCUUUUUAUAACCUUAGAAUAACAUUUCCUCUUCUUUUUUUCACUCAGUAGCUGGAAUAUCUGAGACAUAAUAUAUAUAUUGGUCUGUAAAGUAUAAAGUACAUUUCAUACACUUUAUUUAGUGUAUAAAAAAGUACAAAAUAACCUGUUUCUGUUACUGUCAGCAUACAUUAAGAGUUGUAAAUCUUGCAUGUGAAUAAACAUUAAAAUAUUCAUAUAAAA